CCCGUUUCAUAGCGCCGUCUGUCACAUGCGUGUGGAUUUCCAAUAUCUAGACGUUUUAGUUUACAAACUACGAAUGGUUUGAAUGGGGGAUCGCUGUGUUCCACGCUCUUUCGGGCCUGAUGAGAGCAGGUUUUGUUUAAAAAAUUAGAAAGGAUUAACUGAUGGCAUUUUCAUUUGGGAAAUAAAAAUCACAAUGGGAUGAACUCGGGCAUAUAGUGUGAUGAAUUUUUAUGUGUUUUUGAGUUGGAUUUUUGAAAGCCUUUGAUGUUUAUAGAAAAAAUAAGACAAUGACAGAGAACAAAAACAAAGGUGGAGGGGAACAGAACCUUACGGUGGCACUUCGAAUAAGACCCAUGAAUGAAGAUGAGAUCUUGAUGGGAGCCACGCAAAUAGCACACAAGGUCCAGAAGAAGAUGUGUGUCUUGAUGGACCCAAUGGAGGACCCCGAGGAUGUGCUGAGAGCCAAUCGCUCGCGAGAGAAACAGUUCGUCUUUGACUGCACUUUUGAUGGUGGAGCUUCUCAGGAGGAAGUUUAUAGAACUACUUCCCGGUUUUUGAUACCGAGUGUAAUCUCUGGAUACAAUGCCACUGUUUUUGCCUAUGGGGCCACUGGUGCUGGUAAGACCUACACAAUGUUGGGAGCUCAUGAUGAACCAGGCAUCAUGGCCCAGGCACUCAAUGACCUGUUCUUAGAGAUGGACAGGACAAGCCAGGAUAUGUCCUAUAAAGUGACCAUGUCCUAUCUAGAGAUUUACAAUGAAAUGAUUCGAGACCUUUUAAAUCCAAGUGCAGGAAUUUUAGACUUGCGAGAAGAUGCAAAGGGAGGGGUUCAAGUAGCGGGUCUGUCAGAGGUCACAGCAAGGUCAACAGAUGAGGUAAUUGACAUGUUGCUGAAAGGAAACAAAGAAAGGACACAGGAACCUACAGCGGCAAACAAAACGUCCUCAAGAUCCCAUGCGGUACUACAAGUGUCCGUCAAACAACAGAAUCGGGUCCGCAGCACCACACAGGAAGUCAGGAUUGGAAGACUUUUUAUGAUCGAUCUGGCUGGAUCAGAGAGGGCAGCAAACACGCAUAACCGCGGAAAACGUAUGGUCGAAGGAGCUCAUAUAAAUAGGUCAUUGCUUGCUCUUGGAAACUGCAUUAAUGCAUUGACGGAUACAAAGGGAUCCAAGUACGUCAAUUAUCGAGACAGUAAGUUAACACGCCUGCUGAAGGAAGCGCUCGGAGGAAACUGUAAGACGGUCAUGAUUGCCCACAUUAGUCCUGCCUCCAUCCAUUUUGAGGAGUCCAGAAACACACUGGUUUAUGCUGACAGGGCAAAACAUAUCAAAACUAAGGUCAGAAGAAAUGUGACCGAUGUGUCCUAUCACAUUGCCCAGUACACCAACAUAAUACAAGAGCUGAGGGAGGAGAUACAGCGACUGAGGCACAGGCUCCACGACAAAUCCACGGGCAGUCCCCGCCCCGGCGUCAACAUACAGGCUGUCCAAGCUGAAGUUGUUGAAGCCAAGAGGGAGGAACUAAAUAAAUUAAAAGAGCAACUGCUGAUAUCUUUCAAAGACCAGAUGGAACUCAGGAAAAGCUUGAUGGAGUUGAAUAAUGCCUCCAUGGAAGUCAGUUUGGAGACCAAUAGAAAUCAACUCGUCAUUAGCGAGUGGGAAUUGGAUAAAGUCAGGUCUUCUAGAAGGAAAGAAGGGGGAGAUAAGGCAGAUACAGAAGACUCCAAGGCCCUGGAGCUGGCUGGUGCCGGGUCUGACGAGCUCCAGGAGACGGAGGAUGUUAAGCUGGCCCGCGAGGAGCUGAAGGUCCUCCACGACGAGAAGCACCGAACGGAGAAGUUACGUGCCACCGUCAUGAAAGAACUGGAGCAAGCCAGGGUUAAAACCAGGCAGAUUGAGGAGACUAUCCCCAAGAGAAUUAACACAGAGGAUCAGCGAGAAAUUCUCAGUCUGCUGUGUAAGGUGCAUGAGCUGGAGAUUGAGAAUACCGAGACCCAAUCUGCCUGCCUGUUGAGAGAGUUCCAGAUUAAACGCAAAGAUAUGGUGAUUUUGAAGUUUCGACAACACCAGAAUCUCUGCGACCAAAUCAUUCAACGUCAAAAACAGAUCAUGGAAGAGAACAAGAUAGCGCCCACUCAGGAUUUGGAGGAGCUAUACAGUCUGUAUAAACACGAGAGAGACGAUAGGAUAAUGCUGAGAGAGGAGUCAGGACAACUCAGUCCUGAGCUAAGGCUGAAGGCUCCGUCAAUCUCCAGUAACUACAGAAAUAUGGCAGAAGAGGUGGACCAACUCAGUACACUCACUGAGGAGGACGAGCGAGGCAACCUCCUGUCCUACCGAUCAGGUGAUGGAGACGACAAACUCUUUUCAAAGAGUGCAAGAGGACUAAAAGGAAGUCAUAACUUAACUGGUGCUUGGAGGAAUGACUCUAAUCUAAGUAAUGGUGCAAGUGGAUAUACCCCUCCUGAGGACCGCAAGGAAAUCACAUCAAACACGCGCAGCAUAGCGGCCCUGGCUGCCAAGAAACGCUCCAAAGCACACAAUGACCUUUUAAACCUAGAGAGACAAUUCGGAGGUGAGCCUCGUACAUUGAACAGGAAUUCAGAAAACGAUUAUUUAUCUCCCUCCACUCUGGCGAAACAUGACCGAAACUACGGUGAACUAGUGCUGCCACCACUGAGUAAACCGCCCAGUGAGGAUAACCUGGACAAUAUUUCGACAGGGACGAAGCAGAGUACCAAUACGGACAGCACGUUACCUCCUCUCAGGAACGAGAAUAACUUCAGGAGAGGAGGGGAUAUCAGGAGGAAUAGAAGGACAAGGGGCUAUGAUGUGUCCCAGAAUAGAAGAUCUCAGGCUCAUGGAGACAAUGGGAAACCAGGUAAUAAGAAAAGUCUUUCAAAAGACGACUCUUUUGUCAGUUAUAAAUCCCAGAGAAAAUAUCAACCUGGUAACCCUAAAAGAUCAACUACUGGUAAAGCAAAAGUCCCAAAUAAGUUAAGCAAAUCAAUGGAUCAUUUGAACGCCCUGCAAAAUGACCAGUCCAACACUUCAAGGCUGAGAACUUACCCUGAAAUUGUGCCAAAUGCUAGGAGCAGGCUUCCAGUAUUGGAGCAGAAGUAUCUGCGGCAAAUAUCAAGUGCCCCAGAGGAGCCCAAAGUGUCUAGUGAAUCACCGCUGACAUCCCGGACUUACAAGAAGGAGGUAGAACUAUCCAGGCAGAUAUCGAGUGCACCAGAGGGACAAACUUCUGCCCUUCUGGAUGAUCCUGGUUUGAAUGUGGCAGGAUAUAUUAGUCCCAGAGAUUUAGUUACAAGUACUCCUAAAGAGCUAGAUACCUUAUCCUCAAGAAGAUCAACUAGUCAUAGUCAUAUGACUCCCCAGAAUAAAUUUCUAAUGGGAGUGGCACAGGGUGUUGGAGCAGAAAAUACUUUGUCUUCAAUUCAUUCAGAAGUCUCUGGUACUGAUAUUAUGAAAACUGGUGUAAAUAGGCCGAAAACUCAAGGAAUGCGAAGAGAUCAUACAUUUGUUUCUCAUGGAUCUAAUUUAAGCUCCACUGUAGAAAAGGUAGAGGAAAACAAUGAGGACAACUUAGGUAAAGCCAAUAGAAGCAUAUCAAGUAGAGGUUCAACCAUUAGAUAUAGGGAUAGGCAACAAGCUGGCUCAAAAGUCGUAGGAUUGAGGAAAGACAAAAUUGCUGGUAAACAAAUUAAGCAGCCUACCAAAUUCAGACCAAGAGAGAAUGUAAAACCCUCUCAAGUCAAAAGUUCACAAUCUAAGGAGAUCAGUACAUCCAAGAAAGAGGGGUCCUCUCUGCCAGAGAGGCCAAAUGAAACUGUUGUUACAGAGGAACCAAUGACUACAGAUGAUGAACACUAUGAAAGUUUGCCUUCAAGGGAAAAUACAAUUGUUCCUGAUGUGGAUGAUGAUGUUGAAAUUGGAGAAGAAGCUAGAGACAUUGUCAAGAAGGACAGCAAUACUUCAAAACAGCCACCAGCAGCUUAUUCCUCUCUUAAACAAAGAAACACUCCAGUAAAACAAACGGCACAGUCCUCAUCACUUGAUAGUAAAAUUCAGUUGCCUUCUCCAAUUGUUCCUCCAAUUAAAUCUCCUCAAGUUGCUGCAGAAGUAGAAACUAGCAGUAAUCUAGCAUCUGUAACUAACAAUGAUAGCUUAGCAUCCACCAAUUUGGCGGAGAGCUUGGUGACAGAAAAUGAGUCUGCCAAGGAGGAGGAAAGCAAUACUGAGAAUGCCAAGGGUAAAAUCAAACAAGGUGGUAAAAUCAGCUCAAGAGCUAGCAACAGCGUCAAGAGAAAACCCUCGCAGAAGAAAGUCAGACCUUAUGCCAAGGUCAGCAACUCUAAACGGGUGCCACACAAAGUCCAGAAAGCGGACAGCUUUCUGAAAAUAGAGGGAAAACCACCCAAAGGUGCUAGACCCAGAAGUGCUCGAUAUGGUCUAGACUAUACACAUAGGAGCAAGCAGUCUGCAGAGGAGGACUUGUUGUCCAAGAGCACUGAUGUAGAUACCAUAGGUGACAGCAGGGACUGGACUCCACCCAGUGUGAACAAAAGAGGCGGGAAAACCAAGAGAUACGGCAACAGAGGCUCAAAUGAAUAUAAUGGCAACUCAAAUAACAGGAAAAAAGUUCCCACAAUUCCAUCAUACAGAAAAGGGGACAUUACUGUUAUGGGAUUUAGCCUACCGAGAUAAUUUAGUGCUCCUACACGUAAAAACGGUGGACAUACAUGUAAUCUUGCCAAUUUGUUUGAGACAAGUUGCAUAUUUUAUCAUAAGUCAUUUGGAAAAGUCCAUUUAUUGAACUACACGUACAUCAUGUAUCAUCCAGUGAAAAACUAUAUUCUUUUGUGCUUAAUUUCUGCAUGUUUUAAGUUUGGUUUUUUUAAUACAAAUACAGUAAGGAUAUUUAAUAAUUUGUAAAUUUAAUUUUAUGAAUGCGUCUAAAUGAAUUGUGACUGUAACUGAUUGAAAAAGAAAAAUUAUGAUAGCAGUUCUUUUCACAUAUGUGCUAAAAGAUUUAGUUUUGAACCUAUAAAUCUACUCUUCAAAUGUUUUAAAAUCAGUCAAGGGGGAAACUUUCAGUGUAAUUCUCUUUCAUUUGUUUCUUUGAUUAAUGAUAUGAAGUUCAAAGUAUGCAUAAUGAGAUGAUUUCCAAAAUAUGAUAUAUUUUUUGAUAGAUUACAGUAAGAAUAUAAUAUCAAAAAUGAUCUUAAUGUGUCCACUUCACUCCGAAAAGUGUUUAUCUGCAAUAUAGAGAUUGGCAAUUCUAACUGACUCCUUUGUAAUACUGUGGCUGUUUCUGAGAUGAAUUUGUUUGCAUGUGAAACGAUAUCAUUUCAUAACUCUUUUGUGUGAGAGUACUUUGUAUCAAAUGUGCCAAUAUGAACAAAAUGUGCUUGUUUUUAUGAAGAUGCUUUUUCUUCUAUUUGGAUACAGAUCGUGUCAUGAUACAAUACAUGUACCUGUAUGUCAGGGUUUGGUUUUUUUUCACCCGCCACUUCAUAUUUUUGUGAAAUUUUAAUAGGAAGCAAAGUCAUGCACUAGCCCACAUAGUACUUUUAGUUUUCUUUGUGUUGAAACUGUGACAUUGUUGUUGUGUUUUAUUUUCUACUUCAGGUAAUUUUUCAAUCUUGCCAUAAGAGAGACUGUGAUAUUGUGACUGCUGAUGAAACUUUUCCUGAAUGAUGUAGAUUCAUGUAUAUUCUUCCUGCAUGUGUGGGAAUUCAACUUUUGUAUUCCCAAGAAUAUAUGUUAUUGUUGAAAAAAAUAUGAUUUUAAAAGUUUCAUUUUGAGGAAAGUAUAUGUAACUCAUAUUUUUGAGUGAAUUAGAUUGAUAAAUUUUGAUUUUGAGUUUUCUUCCUUAAUUUAAAAAGAUCUUUAAUUAACUAAUGAAUUACAAAUUAUAGACAAAACAAUCCAGUUGACUAAAAUGUCCUCUUUGCAAUAAUGUUCAUUGCAUUUCUUUCAGAAAGUAUCCCUCCUUGGUGUAAUUAAGAAUUAAUAAUGCUGCCCAAGUACAUAUAUAUAUCUCAACAAUGCAAUUUCUGUCUCACUGCAAUUGGAAAGUAAUUUUAAUCAUCAGUUUAUUGUUAUUUCUUGUUAUUGUCUUUUUUAUUAUUGUUAAUGAAUUCUGUUCUUUGUUUUUGGUUAUUUUUUCCUCGGUUUUCUGAUAUCAUGCAAUGUUUUUACCUAGCAUUAUAAGAUUGAUAUUAAGCAAAGAAAAAAAAGAUGUCGACGUUUUUUAUAAUGUUAUUGAAGAAUUUUUUACCCAAUAUUAUGAGUUUAAUUGAAGGCAUAUUGUAAAUUAUGCACAAAAUAAUUUAGACCUAUUGUUUCAUUAUGAAGAACAAACUGCUGAUACAUUUAAGUGACCUUGAAAUUUUAAUACAAACUUUUCUUAGAUGAAUGAGAGGAUUUCUUAUUUUCGAAGUUGCACUUAUGAUUUUCGUAGGACAUGCACAAAAAACGUAAAUUAGAAGGGACGAUUUAUCUAAUCAUAGAUUUUAGAAUUGUAUUCAAUAUCAUUGUUUUGCAUUUAUAAUGACUUUUCAAUUGCAUUCUUGUAAUGUUUUCUCCAUAAGAUUUGUUAUUGCAUGAUUGGCAAUAUUGAUAUGAUGAAAUAAACUUUAUAAAACUACA